CUGAUAAUGUUUCUACUUAUGCUGAGUGAUAAUGCAUAGAAUUUAUUUGUUGUGGGAUUGUGCAUUUUUACAGGUAUAUCUAAUGGUUUUUGAUUAGUUAUAUUACCUUUUCACCUGUGAAGUUUUUUAUUUUCUUGUUUUGUAGCCUGUUUCUGGAGCAGUACAGAUUACAGAAAUCCUUUGUUCCCAAUUGCGAAGGAAAACCGGAAUUAUAUUAUGGAAGGAGAAAACCAAACAGUUCUGUUUGAGUUUAUCAUCUUGGGAUUCUCCAACUUAAAAGAGUUACAAUUUUUACUUUUCACCAUCUUCCUUGUAACUUAUAUCUGUACUUUGGGAGGAAAUAGCUUCAUAAUUUUGGUAACCAUGACUAAUCUGCACCUGCACACGCCUAUGUAUUUUUUUCUGGAAAACUUAGCUUUUCUUGACAUCUGCUACACCACCACCAAUGUUCCCCAGAUGAUGGCGCAUCUUCUGUCAGAGAAAAAAAGCAUUUCCUAUUUAGGUUGCAUGGCACAACUUUUUGCAUUUAUUUUUUUUGUUGGCUCAGAGUCCCUGCUCCUGGCAGCAAUGGCAUAUGAUCGCUACAUUGCAAUCUGUAAGCCCUUGAGGUAUUCAGUUAUUAUGAACAAGGUUCUGUAUAGCCAGUUAGCAGCCUCCUGCUGGUCUGGUGGUUUCCUCAAUUCAGCAGUGCACACAGUACUGGCAUUCCGCCUGCCCUUCUGUGGCAACAAUCAGAUUAAUUAUUUCUUCUGUGAUAUACCUCCUUUGUUGGUCUUGUCUUGCGGGGACACUUCUGUCAAUGAAUUGGCACUACUAUCCAUUGGGGUGGUCAUUGGUUGGACUCCUUUCCUGUGUAUUGUCCUUUCCUACCUCUAUAUUAUCUCCACCAUCUUGAGGAUCCGAUCCUCCAAGGGGAGACAAAAGGCCUUUUCCACCUGUGCCUCCCACCUGACCAUUGUCCUUCUCUAUUAUGGCAGCACCAUCUUCACAUAUGGACGACCCAUCUCAACAUAUUCACUGGAGAAAGACAGGCUGAUCUCAGUAUUGUAUAGUAUUGUUACCCCCAUGCUAAAUCCUAUAAUCUACUCCUUGAGGAAUAAGGAUAUUCAAGAGGCUAUGCAAGUUAUGGGGAGAAAGUGGAAGGCUUCAAGCUCCCUCUCUUUUGAUGUGUAAGUUUUUCUUUUCUAAGAAGAUGACAUUACAAAACUGGCCAUUUUACUUAUAGAGCUGAUUUUGGCUAAUUACUCUCAAACAAAAGUAAAAGUCAAUGCAAAUUUUCACAUCCAGCACUUUCAGAAACACUCUCGCUAAAAAUACUAUAUGAAAUAUUUAAAUUUUUUCAGAGAGAUCAGUUAAUGUAAAAGAUAGUGAGGAAUCACAAAUCUAAUAUUGAACAGAGUUGAAAAUACAAAGAUGUGAAAUUGGCAUUAGCGACCCUCUCUUAUGAGGACUUCUGAUAAUCCUGAAGAAGUGUUUGAGGUUCUGAAUAGUGUUUUGACAUCCUUGUAAGAUUAGAGAGCUAAAAAUGGAGUCUUGAGCUAGUUAAUUGAAACAACUAUUAUCCUCUAUUUUAUCUGGUAAACUUAUCAAUAACUUACGUGCCUAGUGACUACCAUAUUGGACCAUGCAUCCAUAGAACAGUUCUUUCCUUGCCGUUAAUAGACAGUGCUUCUCUGAAAGAAGAAGUAUUAGAUGGGCAGCUUUGCUUUAAGAGAUAUCACAACCAAUUGCAAAAUGAAAACAACAGUAUGUUAAUGGUUCAGUGAUAAAUUGAUCAUUGGAAUAAACUAGAGAAUCCAGAAAAAGUCCCCUGAAUAAACAUAUUUAUUUGAUUACAUGAUAGAAGAGGCCAGAAG